GCUCAAGGUGAUCAUUCCCGAACUCCACAGCUCCCGCAUUGUGAAGCCAUGUCGGUGCAGUUUCAGUCCCAGAACUUUCAGCACAUCUUGCGUAUGUGCAACACCAACGUGGAUGGCCGCCAGAAGGUCAUGUUUGCACUUACAGCCAUCCGUGGUAUUGGUCGACGAAUCUCAAACAUCGUGUGCAAGAAGUGCGACAUUGACUUGAACAAGCGUGCGGGAGAGCUCACCACCGAUGAGGUGAACAAGAUUGUGGCAGUUGUAAGCAAACCCUUGGAGUUCAAGAUCCCAGCAUGGAUGCUGAACAGGCAGCGUGACGUCAAGGAUGGCAAGAUGUCCCAGAAGUAUGCCAACUUCCUGGAUCAGGCCCUCCGAGAGGACAUUGAGCGAAUGAAGCGCGUCCGCCUUCACAGGGGUCUUCGUCACUACUGGGGCAUCCGUGUUCGUGGUCAGCACACGAAGACCACCGGCCGUCAUCGUGCUUUCGCUGCCAUGGAGGCUUCCAAGGGCAAAAAGUAAAUCAAUCGCGGAACAUUGCGGGGAGCGUGGAAUGGGAAAAAGUCAUUGACCUGCAAUGCUCGUCUCGGUCUUCUUGCCG